GGGGAGGAGGGGAGAGGACAUCAUGUUGAGGAAACGAAACCUAAAGCGCCACAACGUGGAAGCAGUUCUCUCUUUCGGGAGAUAGUAACUAACACGCAUUAAAUAGUCUGACAGACAGAAAAAACAACAAGGAAUGUCCUGUGCCAACACUUCCUGGUCUGAGCCUCUUGAACUGAAGAUGGUCCAGCAGUAUGAAGUAGAUGUGACUCUGGAUCCUGAUACAGCUCAUCACUGGCUCAUCCUGUCUGAGGAUGGGAAACAAGUACAUGAUGGCGGGAAUCCUCCCAGACGACUUGGAAAACUCCCAGACAACCCUAAGACAUUUACAAAUGGUACAUAUGUCCUCACGAGGCAGAGCUUCUCCUCAGGGAGAUUUUACUUUGAGGUCCAGGUUAAAGACAAUGCACAAUGGUGUUUAGGAGUGGCCAGAGAGUCCAUCAACAGAAAAGGUGAUAUCAGAUUAUCCCCUGAGACAGGAUACUGGUUUCUUAACUACUACAAGGAUGGGUUGGUAUUCGGAGAUAACCCUGAUGUCCGUCUCCCUCUGAGAGCUGAGCUCCAGAAGGUGGGGGUGUUUGUUGAUUAUGAUGAAGGUCUGGUCUCCUUCUAUGACGUGGAAGCCAGGGUUCAUAUCUACUCUGCUACUGGCUACACCUUCAGUGAGCCUCUCUAUCCAUUCCUCUGCCCAGGUCCCCACAAAUAUGAAGGUACAAACUCUGCCCCCCUGAUCAUCUCACCUGUCAAUCAAACAGACUAGGACCUUUGUUAGAUAAUAAAAUAUUCAAACAUCCAAUACAACUAAUGUUGUAUCAUGAAUUAGAAUCUCUACUAUGUGAGAUCUGAGAAAACUCCAUUAAUGUUGUACUGCUGUCAUUUAACAAGGAGAAUUUCAGUAGUGAAGCCUGACUAUUAUAAAUUAUUGCCCAUUAUAACCCACAUUAUAUACCCAACAUUAUACUGCUAUAAAAUUGUCAAUGGCUGCAGCUGCGUCAAACAUGUUUUGAGGUUAUACGUGUAUGUUUAUAUCAUAAUCAUCUAAACAUUACUAGUAGUUUAUACUUCAGAAUCAUGAAUGAAAACACAAUCUGAUGAGGCGAUCACUUUUAAUGUCCACCAUACUACAACACAAAGGUCACAGUGACUACAUGUCAACAUUCCCCCCAUGUGUGAGUACCGUGACUUUGU